AUGGCUGAAGCUCAGGUUGCUGUAGACAGAUUCAGUGAACUCCCACCGGAAAUAACCCAUCACAUUCUGGCCUUCCUUCCCAUAGCUGGUGUCACUCGAGUGAGCAGCUUGUCCAAAAGAUGCAGAGCGCUUCAUCUAUCAAAUCCCACAUUAAAUUUCGAUUCAUUUCCCUCCGAGUCCACCCUUACAUUUGAUAAGAGGUUGGAGUUGUUGAACUCCUUGGAUCGCUUCCUCAUUCAACGAGGGAAUAACAAGGUAAACUACUUAUCCAUUAUUUGGACACCUGAAUACCAUUUUGGGGAAACCAAAAUAGAAAGUCACUGUGGUCUUGACAAAUCACGAAUUCUGGGUUGGAUUCAAAAUGCAGUACGUUGUAAUGUUGAAAACCUUAAUGUUUUCUUUGCAACUUUUAUGCCAACUCUAGGAGAUACUGAUCAGGAUCAUGGUAUAGAUUUUCCUUCUUGUGUCUUUCUUUGCGAGUCUUUGAGGUACUUAACCCUGGACAUGAAGCGUGCAAUUCUUGAAGCUCCCUCCUUUAGUACUUCUCCUACCUCUAAUCUCGUGUCCUUGAGUUUGAGAAAUGUGACUAUAGAAGAUGAUGGAGGGUUUUGCAAAUGGGUCUCCUACUGUUGUAGGUUUAUUAAGAAAUUGUGGCUGGAACGGGUUUAUGGGUUGGAAAACAUCACCAUUGAAAGUUCGUCCUUGGAGUCACUGUCGGUCCAGUUUCCCUGUUAUUUUGACGUUGCCCGUCUUGUAAUAGCUGGUGAUAAAAUUGAAAAUAUAGAUAUAGAUUGGGAGUAUGAUUCAGACAAGCGCAACAAUAGAAGUUUGUUGAAUAUUUCGGCCCCAAAUCUGAAGUGUCUGAAAUGGGUUGGGAAUAUGUUGAACCAUCAGCAUCUUGGGGAAAUGAAUUGUUUGGAACAAGUUGAGAUUUCUCUGACUUCUUAUGAUGUAAAUGAUUUGGAUAGCGUUUGUGAGCAGUUCUUGUGCAGUAUAAGCAGUGUUAAAGUUCUUCUUCUAGUCCAAGUAACUGCCAAGACUUUGUUCAGGGAAGGUUUCACACCUGCCCCAUUGGGCAAUGUGUGGUACUUGCUUAUGUCUAUUUGGUGCAGUAUUGAUGACAACCUUGUGCUAGCCGUGACCUCUCUUUUCAGGGCUGUGCCUAAUUUGAUUACUUUGAACGUAUCAUCAUCUCCUGAGUUUCCUUUUCAUGGUGGUGGUGAUAAUGUAUCUGGAUUUGAUAGGGGAUAUUGGGAACUCCAGGGGCUUGAUUUUGUUUCUAAGCUAGAGGAGGUAACCAUAGAGCUUACCACUGGGUCUAAUGGAUUUGAAUUAGCGAGGUACAUGCUUGAGCAUGCUGGUAAUUUGAAGAAAAUGUUUGUUAUUACUACACCCGAUCAAUCAAGUUUAGUACCGGAAAUACGGAGAACCAACCGUACUUCCAAUGCUAGAGUUGUCUUUCUGGUAAAACGGAAGCUGCCUCCUCGUCGUGUUUAA